CCAUCUAUUGCACGGAUAGGAUCAAGAUUAUACAUAUGUGAUGCAUUGGCAGGAAAAAAUGGCUGUAUCUGAUCGUAUCUCUUUAUUAGGGGCUUGCAAUGUGACCCAAAAUGGACAAUUCAUGCAGUAGCCAAUCACAACAGUUUGGCGGGCCUUUAUAAAUAUCACCACUCUAAUCACAUAGAAAAAGUAGACUACACCAAUUGAAAAUGGGUACAGGAGCGGUAGUAAUAGUAGUAGCGGUUGUAUGGGGUGCUGCUGCUAGCGGGGUAUUGUUAGCCGUGGAGGAUGAGAAGGCUGCCUUCAACUACGGGGAUGCUCUGGAGAAAGCCAUCUUGUUCUUUGAAGGACAACGCUCUGGAAAAUUGCCUCACAAUCAACGAGUCAAAUGGAGGGGUGACUCUGGACUCUCAGAUGGCAUGUUAGACCAGGUGAAGUUGGUGGGUGGUUACUACGACGCCGGUGACAACAUCAAGUUUGGAUGGCCCGUGUCUUUCAGCAUCACGUUAUUGAGUUGGGCUGUUGUUGAAUUCAAGGAGCAAAUAUCUUCAGCCAACCAACUAAGCUACCUUCUCUCCACCAUCCGUUGGGGAACCGAUUUCUUAAUGCGAGCUCACACUUCCCCCACCACACUCUACACUCAGAUCGGUGAUGGAAACUCUGAUCACCAAUGCUGGGAGCGCCCUGAAGACAUGGAUACCCCUCGAACAUUAUAUAAGAUCACAGCGACUUCUCCAGGCACGGAGGUGGCUGGUGAAGCUGCCGCUGCCCUUGCUUCUGCCUCCUUAGCAUUCAAGGACGUUGAUUCUAACUAUUCAUCAAUCCUAUUGAUUAGUUCAAUAUCACUUUUUGAGUUUGCUGACAACUACAGAGGAUCUUAUCAAGCUUCAUGUCCUUUCUAUUGUUCCUACUCUGGCUAUCACGAUGAGCUAUUGUGGGCGGCUGCUUGGCUAUUCAAAGCAAGUAAAGACUCAAAAUACAUGAGGUUUGUAAUGGAAAACCAAGGAUGGAGUCAACCUGUUUCCGAAUUUAGUUGGGACAACAAAUUUGCUGGAGCACAGACAUUACUAGCAAAGGAAUACGUGGCCGGGAACACAAAACUGGGAAACUAUAAGAGUGAUGCCGAUUCGUUCGUAUGUGCAUUGAUGCCAGGAAGCAGCACUGUGCAAAUUCAAACAACCAAAGGAGGGCUGCUGUACACACGAGAUAAUAACAACAUGCAAUAUGCUACGAGUGCUUCUCUCAUAUUGCUUGUCUACUCCAAAACGAUUCAUGGGGGUGGAUUUGGUACAAUCCAGUGUGGCUCACUUUAUUUUUCAGCAAUCCAAAUCAGAGCAUUUGCUAAAUCACAGGUGGAUUAUAUACUAGGAAAGAAUCCGCUGGGCAUGUCAUACAUGGUGGGAUUCGGUGUCAAAUACCCAAUGCAACUACACCACAGAGGUGCAUCCAUCCCUUCCAUAAGAGCUCACCCAACCAAGGUGGGAUGCAGUGAGGGUUACUCCACCUGGUAUGCUGCAAACAUGCCCAAUCCAAACACUCAUGUGGGUGCAAUUGUUGGAGGUCCAAAUUCCAAUGACCAGUUUAAUGACAUCCGAUCUGACUACUCGCACUUGGAACCGACCACCUACAGCAAUGCAGCAUUCAUUGGUUCCUUGGCUGCAAUGCUCGGGGGAAAUGGGUGCUUGCAGGUCAUAGGCACCCAUGCAAACCAUACCAAUUUACUAGUAAUGUAAUGCAAUGGUUUAAAAUGUAGUAGUUGGAUCAAUACCAGUUCAAUAAUACAGUAAUUGUGAUGAAGCCGCUAAUAUAGAAAUCCUGCUUGCUUGAGGGGAGCCAGUAAUGACUAGCUU